AUGUACCUCAUGAACCCUAUAAUGAGAACUAGUACUUCACCCUUGCCCGAUCUCUCUUUACAGAUCAGCCCUCCAUCGGCCGCAGAUAAUCAAUAUCACCAAGCUGAUAUUGGAUUAUCAAGAAAAGCACUUUACAGUACAGAUAGAAGCUCCACCACCGACUCCGGCAGCAGUGGAAGUGAUUUGAGCCAUGAAAAUGGCUUCUACCACCUUGAGAGGAGCACCGGCUAUAAUCUUUCUUCGGGUGAUGAGCCCAAGUUGAGUUUAGGGUUUGAAAUGAAAGAUCACAUGAACCUUCCUCCUGUCCAGCUGCCCAGAAACUUCAGCAACCAUCACUUCCAUCACCACCCUCAAAUCUAUGGCCGCGAGUUCAAGAGAAGAGCAAGAACGGUUGGUAAUGUGAAAAGAAGCAUCAGAGCUCCGAGAAUGAGGUGGACUACAACCCUCCAUGCCCAUUUCGUACAUGCAGUCCAGCUUCUUGGCGGCCAUGAAAGAGCAACACCAAAAUCUGUUUUAGAGUUGAUGAAUGUCAAGGAUCUAACCCUUGCUCACGUGAAGAGUCAUUUGCAGAUGUAUAGAACAGUGAAGAGCACUGACAAUAAGGGAACAGGUCAUGAAGGCCAGACAGAUAUGGGCUUGACCCAGAAGCCAGGGAUCAAUGGAGGAUUAUCUUGUGACAAAGCUAAUAGAGGUUCGUGGCCUUCUUCAUCGGAGACAAAUGGCAGCUGUAACUUGAGUCCUGGAAAUGCCUUGACAUAUUCUCAUUCCCCGCAAUCAAAUGGCACCAAGGUGGAAGAAGAAGAAUCAGGCCGCCAUGUGUGUAAUGAUGGCAUUGGCACGAAGGAGAGGAGGACGACUUUGGACUGUAGCUCCUUGUCAGCUUCGGAUAUGUACCUUAACUUAGAGUUCACGCUUGGAAGGCCAACUGCCGAAUGGACUGUGCUCAAUAGCCUCAACCUUCAAAUGACUUAA